CGAUACUGUUAGGGGAGGCUGGAUGCUAUAGCGAAAGGGGUGUGUUAUUUUUAAGGGAUGUCUUUACAUCAAUUUCAGUUGCCUUUUUCCUAAUCUUCCGUUAUUUUUUGAAACAAUCAAUGACAGAAAUAAGAUGGUGCUAAAAAUUCGCGAUCUGAAGGAGAAGUGGGGUGCUAGUGUAUAAAAAAUGCCGCGGUGGUGGUUUUUUAUUUUUUGCUGUAUCGGGGGUAGCAGGGUGAGCGGCAGGACUUGUGGUUGGUUGGUUUAGCAAGGGCCAAUUAUUAUGUCGUGGGAAUCCUUGAAUUCACAACAUGAGUACGUCAGCAGCCGCCUGGGCGGACCCAUGGCUUUGGGUCUGGCCCAUCAGUUGUCCGCCACCCGGCUUCUAUCCUCCCCGGAUGUCAGUAGAUGCCGUAUGGACGAUGAAAUUUGGGCCCCCCUGGUCAGACUCCUGUAGCAGCUUACAUCGCGAGGCGUACGCCGAAGUUAGGGGGGUCAUGGGGUCACCUCCCCCCCGGAGGGAUACGCUUGCCUGUGGGGGUUGUUUCAGGGCGUGCAGGGCCAGAAUACAUCAAGCAUUGCCAAGCGGAAGGUAAACACUUUUGCUUAAAAUAAUUUUUUAGGAUGUUUCUAUAAUACCAGACUUUUUGUAAAUACCAAAUUUUGGACAAAAAU